AUGACCAAUACGAUAUUACAUCAUACGAAUGGAAAUAUUAAAACGAUGGAAGAGGAGUUGUACGAGUUUAUAUUGUUAGUGGAAAAGAAACAAAACUAUCAAAGUCUAUCGAUAUCACCUCAUUAUUAUGCACAUGUAAGGGAUGUGAUGGGUAAAUGUGCUCCGAAGUGGGAAGUUUUUGAAUUGUUACAACUUUUAGAUUCCUCAAAUAGUAGUAAUAACAUCAGCACCAUGAAUAUCAACAAUGGAACACCGAACAGUAGUGCACCAAACGAAUUUGAAAAUAUAGUAUUGCUUGGCCUUAAUAGAGCUGAGGUUUUCCUUGAAUAUGGAUAUUUCGGAGAGGCUCACUAUGAGUUAAGCCGCCUUGAGGAUAAGCUUAUUGAAGUAAUAUCUUUGAAUUUCAAUGUAAAGAUUGAACUGUUCUACGUGAGAGUAUUGUAUCUAUUUUCAAGAGUCAUGAAAGGUGUAAAAAAGCAUGAUGAAUGUAGUGAAUAUUUGGAGUCUGCUCGUGAACGAGGGGAAAAUUUAAUGCGACUUAUAUCUGUAGCACAUGCUUUUCCAAAUUCCUUCCCAAGACGUUCACCUUCUAUUCUAAUGACCACCUUCUCUCAAUCCUAUAUAAUUUCAUGCACAAAUUUAAUUCACAGCAUUCAACUGGCGUGUGCAGAAAUUGUUCUAAUGCAAGCGAAAAAUAUGAUUGGAACCGAUCAAGUUGGUUGUGAAAUGCAUGAUCAUGAAAAGAUUAUUAGAAGCUACUUGUUACCAUGCCUGUAUUACCUCAUCGUACAAGGAAAAGAAAAAUGCUACUUUUUGGACGACACCAUUUGGCUGGAAGCUGUCGAUCUUACGCUGAAAAGCCUGCUAAAACUGAAUUUCAACAAAUUGGGAUCUCGAGUUUUGAAACUUGUUGAAAAAACACACAAUUCUCAAGUAACAGAAUCAAAAGCAUUCCGAGACAUUGAAGCGGAGCUGAAGAAGCGAUCGACGACUGGAGACAAAACAACACAAAAGAAUGACAAAUUUCUUCAAAUCAUUCCGCCAAUAUUCGAACAAUUUGAUGAGGACGAUGAAGAUGAUGAUUGGGGAAUUUCGCCGAGUACACAACUCAAAGGACUCUACGCAGGAUAUUUUUCUUCACACUCGUCUGCCAACAACACAGAAGACCCAAUCCAAGAACAACUCUUCCCCAAUAAUUUUUCGCUUUUCAAAGGAAAUAAUUUGGUUGACAAGAUCAAAAAAUAUGAUGAAACAAUUCCACAGCUAUAUUCUCUAGACUUGGAGGAUAAAAGUAUUCUUACUUGCAAAGAUUUAUUCUUGAAAUGGAUCCGAUCAUUGAAUUUGGAAGAUUUACACAAAUUUCAAACUGAGGAAGAACAAAAUGCUGAAAGAGAUUGUGAUUUUAUUUUGGAACAGUUUCGACACGGAAUCGAUUAUGUUGACUCCUUUUCACUCUCAUGGGCUCAAAUGUAUUAUGAAUGUGCUUGGAAAUUGGCAAGGAUAGGUACAAGAGAAUCUCAAAUUUAUUGCUACAAAUUAAUAGGUGAAUACUUUUCUAAAUUACCGUCAGCAAAAAUCACCAAAGAUGUAGAUCAAGAAGACGUUCAACAAUUGAAUAGUCUCUUCAAAAUAAGUUUGGCAUUGUUGGAAAUUGCAGCACAUUCACUCACACCUGAUUUUUACGAUCGUUUUGUAAAUAUGAAAGAGAAUUUGAUUGUUUUCAAUUCAAAGUGCCCUGACAUUAUAGAAUUAAUUGAGAUGAAAGGCAUGUGUCAUAACAUUACCUUAUUCCUUCGAAAACAGGAAUUUAUUCCUAAAUGCGAGAAAAUUGUUCCGAAAUUGGUUGAAAUUUUUGUCAGAAAUAGUCAAUUUACAUCUAUUUCCUCAGCUGUGAUGAUAAUGGAUCCUCAGUCUCACCUGUUAAGCCCUCCAACACAUGCUGAGAUAGUUUGUGAAUCUUUACUGAUUUUGCACUAUUUUAUAUUUGGCAUUUCUCCAUUGACUUUAGAGUUUAUUGUGGAUCCACACAAAAAAGACUUUAGGCUCGUUGGCCUUCAAAACAAAAUGGCCAACUCUCUCCAUCCAGAUCAUCACUACUUGCUAGAUGUGCACGAUAGGACCGAAUUAUUGAACAUAUUUUAUCACAAAUUGCCAUGCAUGUCUUCAUUGAAGGCCUUUGUUGCCUUUUCCCUUGGGCUCUAUUGUCGAAAUAUUUCUAAUGACACUAAACAAGCCGAAAGAGUGCUCUUUGAGAGCGUGUACAUUUUCCAACAAACAAGCGGUUUCACAAAAUCAACACCAAGCCUACUGAGUCAAAUUUGUACACGAGCUCUGGUAGAACUGGCACAAGUAUUAACAGAGAAUAACAAGUAUGUCUAUUCGUCAUUGUUGUUUAGGGCGGCAGUAGAGAAUCAAAAGCUUGUAUCUCUGACAUAUGACUACACGCUUGUUAGUGAUCUUGCUGAAUUGAGUUUGCGUGAGGACGAUUGGAGAUCAGGUGUUUAUUAUUAUACGUUACUACUCAGUCAUGCCAACGAAGAAAAGAUGGUUGCAAAAUUUGGUCACUUGUCUUCAAUUCUAUCAUCACUGCACAUAGAGCGCGGAGACUUUAAGAAUGCAGAGUCCUAUAUUACCAAUUCUUUAUUGUUUAUGAGGUCACAAGGCAAAUCUGGAGAGUACGAGUUGAAUCUGCACCUAACACUUGCCAAACUCUUUCUUCAAAGUUACAACUUUGAAAGAGGUUUAGAUCUAUUAGCAAGAUUAAUGGACGAAAAAUUGACUGCCGUUCAACGAUGUACGGUUUACAUUAAUUUGGCAGAAGCUUAUUUAAAGAAGAGAUGGCUCAAAGAAUGCGAUUUUGUGUUAGGAAAACUUGGCAUACUAUUAUCUGAGCAAAACUCAAUCUUUGAUACCAAUGGAGCGGAUCAUAUCAAGAUACUUGAAAUUACAGCGAAUUGUUAUCUUAGAUUUUUGAGGUUUUCUGAUGCCCUCUAUUGUGUGAAUAUUGCCAUCUCUCAUUGUACAGCACCUUUCCUUUUGGCUGAUUUGUUUUUCUUGAAAGGAAAAAUUUUACAAAAGGUCAGCCACUACACCAGUCCUGUUUCCUUCCCUACUUCCCUAUCUUCGACAUCAAAGAUUGAUGUUGUUGAAACUAUUAAGGAGUAUUACUUCAGAAAUCACAACACAUUACAAGACAGUAUUUUGCUGAGCAAGAGGCCACUCUACAAUACCCCUCAGGAAGUUCUUAUUGACGCCUUGGAAUGUUUGCUGAAAGCAAAAGAGUUAUACAAUAUUUGCACCAAUCAGUAUAAGGCAUCCAAGGUCGAUAUACUUAUUGCUCGUGCUCAGCUAGAAUUUAUGCUUCUUCCUAUUGUUUUUUGCGGAGUAGAUCCGACCAUUGUUACACUACCUAAAAGCGUUGACAAUAGAAAUUGGUUAAAUUUGAAAGAAAUUGAAGAAAAUCAUAUUAUACCGGCAUUGGAGGUUGCCAUACGUACAACGUCUGUUUUUGUUGCUAUUGACGCGUAUGUAACAAUGGCAGAGGCAAGAUACUUGCAAGGAAAACGGUUAAGCUCUGAAAUUUAUUGGAGACAAUGCAGAGACGUAAUGUUCACGCUAUUCAUUCACGAUAGUGAGAUUGUUGUAUCCAAAGGUUCUCCCCCUUCAUUUCUUGAAAAACUACUGUCGAUUUUGAAACGACUUGUGAGGUUAAUGUUUUGUUUCGGAAACAAAGAACUAAUCAAUCAUAAUCUGACCAUUAUUGACUCUUAUUUGCUGCUAGAAACGGAACUUGAGCAGCUACUGAAAAGAAAUGGUCCAGACAGUGGUGAGUCGAACAUUUAUGACUCGACAGCAUCAGGAGGAGAUUCAUCCUCAGAGUCUGAGGUCGACGAAAUCUCACUCGUUUCAAGAAAUAAGAUGUAUGAGUCUCUGUGUAUUAUUAAUUCACAAAUGGCAGCAAUGACGUCUGUGAAAACGUUGCCCUUUCUGAGAAAGAGGAGAAAAUCUUCUGUGCGAGUUGCAAGACAAAUGAGAUCCAUGAAUCUGCUGAAGAUGAGUGGAACAGGUUCUCAAUCUACUCAGUCCUCAAAUGGAUCAAAAUCAUCGGAUGGCUUCAUUGAAGGCAAUGUGCAAGAUUUAGUUAGUGAAAAGAUUUGGAGUUGUAUUUUCAGAAUGAAACAACACGCUAAAAAGCACUAUCUAUCUGAAAAAGAGCUCAAUUUCAGAAAUCAGGAAUCAAUGAGGAGACUCUAUCACUUAAUCUCAAUUAUUAAGCAAAAGACAAUUUCUGUAAGCGAUCAGAAAAAGCUUUGUGGUAGUGAUUCAUCGUAUGCCGUCAGAGGUGUUCAGAGAGAGGACAUUAAGUCUUUCGAUGAUGAUUACUACAGAAAAUCACUUUCUAUUGAUGCCUCUAUUGAAUCAACAAAACAUUUGGAUAUGAAAAUUCUCGAAAAACUAGUUUAUAUUAUUCAUAUGGAUACAAUUAUUACAUUUUAUACUCCCAAGACAGGGCAAAUUAUUCAUCAAAAGUUUGGAGGUUCCACUAGUGGACCAUUUCUUAACACAUUUAAAGGCUCUACAUCUAGAAAAUCAACAGACUCUUCCCAACACCAAACCAAAUCUAAGGACUCUCUCUUUAGCGCACACAAUAUUCAAACCGUGGCUACAUCCUCACAAACUGCUCAAGGUAAACCACAGUUCAUGUCACAAAUUGAAGCGUACCUCUACAGUUUACUUUGCCAGAGUCGUAAAGACAAAAAAGCAAAUAUUCGCGUUGAUAAUAAUUAUGAAACCAUUGAAUAUGUCGCGAGAAAUGUUAUUCGAGGGCCCUACGACUAUCAUUCUAACUCGAGAAACAAAAAGAAGUACGAAAGAGUGCACAAACAAUUGGAAAAAAGCAAAUUUGACUAUGUUGGACUUUUCAAAAGAAUGAAGAGCAAAUUCUUCUCGCUCACUCCGAGAUCCAUUGAUUUUUCUGGUUUGCCUCGCUUGACAGAACUGCCCUAUCCAAACUCGCACCUCAUUUUACUUUGUAGUAGAAGUGUUCAGGCUCUUCCAUGGGAAUUAAUGUUUGAUCAUUUCAUGACAAGAAACUUUUCAUUACAACGCAUCAUUUCACAAGACAGCACAAAAAACAACAAGAUGAGAUUUAAGCCUCAAUACUUUUGUUUUUACUCAGAGGAUGAAUUGAAGUACAUUGCCCCUGUUGAAAAUGAAAGAAAAAGGUGGAUCUUUGACACUGUCAAAUCGUCGCUACAUAUUCUCACGGAGGAAGGCACCAAUAGCGGUGUGUUUCAUUAUAGUCUACCCAACAUUCCGCUUCAUUGCCCAAUCAUUGGAUAUGGUCGAAAGCCUAAAUCAAAAUCUGAACGUUUCAAGUUUGUGAAUUUUGUUCGACUCUCUUCGAUCAGUGAGAACCCGACUCAAAUCAUCACACACAUUGAAUCGUACAACUCUCCUCAGGAUUUUCCUGUUUUUGUGUUUACUUUUGCAGACUUGAUUGAUUUGAGUGAGGCCAUUAUUUGUUUGCUCAACUUUCGACCCGAUUGUACGUUGCUAUUCCUUCCAGAACCAGUAUUGAGCACUGCCUUAGAAUUUCUGAUGGACAUGCAAGUCGUGUACACGAAUAGUGGCCAAUUAGCGAAUUCAAGAUUAUCUCCCUCAGAGAAUGCACGGAAUGGCUACAGAUUUUUCAUUCACUCUCUUCAAUUAAUCAAAACUGUGCUCAAAAUUCCUGUCAUUGUGAUCAAUCCACCAACUUAUAGUAACAAUGGAGGAGAAGGCUCUUCAUCGUCAUCGGAAUGA